AAGUGGAAAGCCUUAGUUACCACAGUUUAUUACGUUUCAUGCCUAUAAUAAUUACUUUUGUAAUGUCUCUCGUGAAUUAAUUGAUCAGAUUAGGAUGAAUCUCCUGGCUGGCCAAUAGCUAUCGGAAUGAUUCUCCACGUGUGACUUGGUUGCGUUAUCACAAAACGUGGCAGGAUAGACCUGCCCAGCCGUCGCGGCAGAUACUCAUUUGUAAUGCUGCCUUAAGGAGAUGAAGAGAUGAGAGCAAAUUGUUCCAGCAGCUCAGCCUGCCCUGCCAACAGCUCGGAAGAGGAGUUGCCAGUGGGGCUGGAGGCCCAUGGGAACCUGGAACUUGUUUUCACAGUGGUGUCAGCCGUGAUGAUGGGCCUGCUCAUGUUCUCCUUGGGAUGUUCUGUGGAGAUCCGGAAGCUGUGGCUGCACAUCAGGAGACCCUGGGGCAUUGCCGUGGGGCUGCUCUGCCAGUUUGGGCUCAUGCCUCUUAUAGCCUAUCUCCUGGUCAUCUGCUUCUCUCUGAAGCCAGUUCAAGCUAUUGCUGUUCUCAUCAUGGGGUGCUGUCCCGGGGGAACCAUCUCCAACAUUUUUACCUUGUGGGUUGAUGGAGAUAUGGAUCUCAGCAUCAGUAUGACCACCUGUUCCACAGUGGCUGCCCUGGGGAUGAUGCCACUCUGCCUUUAUCUCUACGCCUUGUCCUGGAAUCUGGAGCAGAAUCUCACCAUUCCAUAUCAGAACAUAGGAAUUACUCUUGUGUGCCUGACCAUUCCUGUGGCCUUCGGUGUCUGUGUGAAUUACAGGUGGCCAAAACAAUCCAAAAUCAUCCUCAAGAUUGGGGCCAUUGUUGGUGGGGUCCUCAUUGUGGUGGUCGCAGUUGCUGGUGUGGCGCUGGCGAAAGGAUCUUCGAAUUUAGACACCACUCUUCUGACCAUCAGUUUCAUCUUUCCUUUGAUUGGCCAUGUCACGGGCUUUCUGCUGGCGCUUCUUACCCACCAAUCUUGGCAGAGGUGCAGGACGAUUUCUUUAGAAACUGGAGCUCAGAAUAUUCAGAUGUGUGUCACCAUGCUCCAGUUAUCUUUUACUGCCAGGGAAUUGGUCCAGAUGCUUAGCUUCCCAUUGGCCUACGGGCUCUUCCAGCUGUUGGAUGGGUUUCUCAUUAUUGCAGCAUAUAAGAUGUACAAGAGGAGAAUGAAGAGCAAACACAGAAAGAGGAAGCCAGGUUGUGCAGAAGCCUGCCAUAAGAAGAAGUCUACUUCUCCCAAAGAGACCAGAGCUUUCUUGGAGGUGAAUGAAGAAGCCGCUGUAACUCCUGGGCCGUCAGGCCUGCUGGAGCUCCACAUGGCCCGCGAGCCAACCGGCCACAUCUCUUCAUGUGCAUAGGAGGGGCUUGCCGGCCUGACUGCUCGCCCAGCUUCCUCAGUGGCCAGUAAAGACAGUGCAGAGCUGAUGAGUGAAUCUCGUUGGCAGGGCCUGUGCGAAUAUCUGACUGUCAAAUGUUAGAAUAUUUAUAUUUAUAUAUUUUGAUGGCGAAUUGUCAUAUGAUCCCUUUUUCCGAACAUAUUCUGCCCACUUCAGGGAGUGCUUUCAGGGGUUUACGCAAUGUAUUCACCAGCUGCCAUGUGUGUUCUCGUCUUCACAUACAGUGAAGAGAAACACCCAUUGUCAGGCGAAGUCAACCUCAGGUUGGACUUAAUCUCUCAGGAGUUAGGACUCUGUGUAGAGGCGAUGUUACCCCACGCUGCAGGGCAAGGACAGCGUCUGGCCCCACUUGACUUCUUGACUUUGGGCAAGUCCUUUGGAGCAUUGGAAAGGAAACACACAGCUCUUAUAAAAAAAUGGGGUCUUUUCUCAAAUGAUUGAUAUUUUUUAAGGGCUUGAAAAUCUUUUUGGAUUAUAGAUAUAAUACAAGGUUAGAGAGAAUUUAAUGAACACUCAAGGUUAAAAGGUGAAUGCCCUGUGUUUUUACUCCCUAGAGAUAGGCACACAUAUAUCCGUCUAAUGUAUGUUUAAACAUUACAUCAUUUUAAAAAUGUUGAGAUAUCCCACAUAUACUGUUUAGUCAGUCACUUAAUGACACAUUGUGGGGUAUCUUUACGUGUCAGUCUGUGUUGACCUACCUCAUCCUUUAGAACAAUGGCUUCAUAGAAGUAUUGCAUUGCAUGGAAGGACUGUAAUUUAUUUAAUCGUUCCUUAUUCAUGGACAUUUAGAUAGCUGUCAACUUAUUGGUAUUACAAUGCUGCUACAAAUGCCCACGCCCUUGUGCAAGUAUUUCUGUAGGAUCACUUCCUAGACUUGAAGUGCCAGGCCCAUUGCACAUUAAAAUUUUGGACAGAUCGCUCUCGGCAAUGUUGUACAGCAGUGCCUGAGAGGGCUGGCUUCCCACAGUCACACCAGGCUAAAGAAUGAUCAGUUCUUAUUUGUGAAAAUAUCUCAUUUAAAAUGGCUUUCUCUUUCUUUUUUUUUUUUUUUUGGUGAGGAAAAUUGGCCCUGAGCUAACAUCUGUUUCCAAUCUUCCUUUUUUUGCUU